AAAACCUGCGGUUAGGAGAGUCCGGUUUAACCGUCACUGCGAAGCGCGCUGGAACUGCGUUGUGGAAUGAGAUUGUGAAUUCCUAAGAAGAAAAAAAAAAUGGAUUGCAUAUUGGUUGUUCUAUAAGUGUUUGGACCAGCUGUACAGAUCUUUGUUGCUAAGGCCAAAAGAAGAUGGCAACUCCUUAUGUCCCAGUUCCUAUGCCCAUAGGAAACUCUGCCUCCAGUUUUACAACCAACAGAAACCAAAGAAGUUCUUCCUUUGGGAGUAUCUCAACAAGUUCAAACUCUUCCAAAGGCCAGUUAGAAGACUCAAAUAUAGGUAAUUAUAAACAGACAAAUAUGCCUGAUCAAAUGGAUAGUACUUCAUCUGUCUGUUGCAGUCCCCUCAUUAGGACUAAAUUUACAGGGACAGAUUCUUCCAUUGAGUAUUCUGCUAGACCAAGAGAAAAUGAAGAACAAAAUCCUGAAAUGGUCAACUGGGAAGAUAGACCAUCAACACCAACUAUACUGGGUUAUGAGGUGAUGGAAGAAAGAGCUAAAUUUACUGUUUAUAAAAUACUAGUAAAGAAAACUCCAGAAGAAACCUGGGUAGUUUUUAGAAGAUACACUGACUUCUCUAGACUUAAUGACAAGUUAAAAGAAAUGUUUCCAGGCUUUCGAUUAGCACUUCCACCAAAACGCUGGUUUAAAGAUAAUUACAAUGCCGAUUUCUUAGAAGAUAGACAAUUGGGAUUACAAGCAUUUCUUCAAAAUUUAGUAGCUCACAAGGACAUUGCUAACUGCCUUGCAGUGAGAGAAUUUCUUUGUCUGGAUGAUCCACCAGGUCCUUUUGAUAGCCUAGAAGAAAGCAGGGCUUUCUGUGAAACUCUAGAAGAAACAAACUAUCGCUUACAGAAAGAACUACUUGAAAAACAAAAAGAAGUAGAAACAUUGAAGAAACAGCUCAAUGAGAAACAACUUCAUAUAGAUACUAUAGAAAACAGAAUUAGAACAUUGUCUUUAGAACCUGGAGAAUCAGUGUACACAUCAGGCAUCGAAAGUGGGCAGAUGCUAAAGGUGGAAUCCUCUUUACUUGUGUCUGAUCAAGAUACCUUGUCUGAAGAGUCUAGAGCUGAUAAGCCGGGCAUAAAUUACAGUGAACCAGAAAAUCCUCUAUCAGAGAUAGAAGUCGCAGAAGUGGCAUAUCAUGCUGAAGAAGACUAAUUCAUCUCAAGUAUCUCCCUCCAUAUAGACAUUUCA